AUGGACGCAGGAAGACUCCAUAACAUAGCCACAAUCCAAGGCUCAGAUCUCAUGUAUCAGUACAACGACUGCCCACCUUUUACCCAGCAAGGGAGGGACAGGGAAAGGGAGAGUCAAGUUGUGCACCUCGCUGUAACCAGACCUCCUGGCCUCUGCAGCCCUCGGACUGUUCUGGCCCCGGUUGUGGCUGAGGUUCCCAUAUGGGUCAGUGAGGGAAGAGUGCCUGGCGGCAGGCCAGAUCACUCCUGCUAUGGUUGGAGAGGAGGUUUGGGAGUACUUGUGCAUGAUCCAGGAAUAAACAGAGCGAGAGGAGGAGAGAAGGGGGACGAGCAGGGUGGAUACUGGCGAGAAAAAUCUCAACUGUACUACAGCCCCAGCCCGACACCAAGCAUAGAACAUCGGAGCACUCUGUCGUUUUAUGAUAACCUUCCUGGACCUGAAACCCUUGACCGCAUCCAAAACGUCUUUGAGAUGGAAUCAAGCUUCCGAGAGCAUUUCCAGGAAAACAUGCGGGCUCCUGAGAUGGUCAGGGGUGAAGCGAGCGACCUUUGGUCAGAAAGUGGCUUAGACAACCAGCACCAAGAAAUCGGGCAUCAGCAGGAGUCUGUAUCCUGUGGAUUGGUAUACGGGGACCAGAUGCUGGAGCUCCAACAGUCAGACUCACCUCAGCGACAUCGCCGGAAUCCGUGGGCCCAAAGUGAGGUCCAGCAACCAGAACAGACUCAUUGGACUCCUAAGGUGCCCCCUCCUCUACCACUCGCUGACCCCUCUGCCAGUGCACUUCGUAGCCUUCUCACCAACCUCCAGCAGGAAAUCGUCAGACAACAUAAAGUGUAUGAGGCCCGGAUUGUCAGUCUAGAGGAGCGAAACAAGGAGCUGCAGGCGGAGGUGGUUCUGUUGAAAACAAACCUGUCACGGCAGCGUCACUGGUACCAAGUUGUGCAAGCAAAGACCACAGAGUCCGAAAGAGCGCGGACUGCUGCGGAGCUACGCAACUCGGCACUGCAGAAAGACAUGGAGCAGUUCUUCGACACCUUUGGUGAUCUCAACAACGAAGCGAAGAAAACAGAAAACAUCAUCAGGAGAUUUUGAGAAAGUAUACAGUAUACAGCACUGUGUAACUGUUUAUGAAGAAUAAGAACACAAUAAGAUGUUGUAUAGCACAUACAGUAGUUUAUCUGUCUCUCGACAGAAUGCUCCCUUUCCUCUUUUGGGAAGGGUUUCCAUGAUGUACAGUUAGUUCUUCAUGAAUAAUCUAAAAAAUACAGAAAUGAAACCUAAUCAUGAUCGACAAUUGUAUGAGCUGCGCUAGCUGAACACGUUAUCAUGAGAAUAUAGUUGAAAAUCAAAAGGGAUUUCACACUCCACCUGCAUGGACAUUUUCUGUGGUAAUUAGGGUUAGGGAAUAUACAUUUCAUAACAUUCAUUCACAAAAUUAUUUUUUUCCCUCCUGGUAUUUACAGCUUGUGUGAAAUCCUUCUAAAUUCUCCUGAGAACAUGUUCCUGAAUGAUACUGCAAUUAAACAGGACAAGUAAAAUUAUGUGCACAGGUGUUCAGAAUCGAAGAACGCAUGAUAAAUACAAAAAACGUGGAAAAAGUGAGCUGGCCAGUCCUCAGGUCAAUCAAGGCAUGGAUGAGUGAAAGAAAGGCUGGACUUUGAAAAAGAAUAAUGUAGUGCAGCAUCGCUGAGUCCAGUUGUGUGCAAAGCUUCAAAGUCCAUAUCAAAGGUUUGCCUCCUUGUCUUGUGCCAGGCUUCAGGAUUUACUCCACAUUUACACCUUCAUUCAUCACCAUGUACUUUUGUUGUUAAACUACAUCUUCCAAUCACUUCCCACACGAGAAGCCAACUGUGAACUUUACAGUGAUGAUGUUAGAGGGUGCUACAGAGUAACAUUUUAAUACCAUGCCAAUGAAAUGCCCAAAAAAAAAAAAAACAUCUUUCUGUGCAUCUUUCAGAACCCAAAUCAUCAAGCAAGGAAUUUACAGGAUUUGUCUUCUGAUCAAAAUGUAAUAGCUUAACUGCAUCUUCAUGCAACAUUACUUUGUUUUGUUGCUUCUGUUCAUGGUGUUUUGUAAUGGUGUCGAAUGUGCGCUGGAUGAUUAAAAUAUUUGUGAAUAGGUGAUCGGAUGGCCCAUAAAGUGCAACAUUUUGGAAGAAAGGGGGAAAAACAAAAAACAAACGCUCUUUACAUCCCCUCCAAGUUGACGAGAUAAUGUUUCUGUUUGAUGUCCACAAUGAUAUUGUCUAGAAGAGUAUCGUAUGUAAAAUGUUGGGUGAUUACAAUAAUAUACAUAUCCACAGGCACAAAAA